UCACACUUCACUCAGCAGGUGCUCCCCCAGCAAACCCAUCGCCGCACUGCGCGUCUGGUCGUGCGGGGCAGACUCGGUCGUCGUGACAUCAACAAAUUGGUGAUCGUCCCAAUCGUCCAGCCGAAUGACCGCCACGUUUCCCUCAACGACCGCCUCACUGCCCAGCACCACCAGCCGCUCAUGGCCCUCACUCCACCGGGGUUUCCUGUCGAACACGGCCGCCCCCGCCCCCCACUGCGCCGCAUCGCUGGGACGGGUCGCCAGCAGCUGACACACACGCCGGAAUGCAGCAGAGGAAUGUGACCAGUCCUCGAUGCGACAAAUGUAGUAGUCGCGCUUGACCAGGAGAACAGGACGAAUGCCACCAUCGAUGAGUAGGUGGCGUAUGUCCAGGCCAUCAGCUCUGUGGGCGGAUCGGCGGGGUCGAAUGCAUUGGGGAAGAGGGGGCUGGGUGCGGCGAGGAUGGUCGGGAGGCGCCAGGCCCAGCCAGCGUGGAGGCGAAUGUAGUUGCCGUACAUCAGGCAUAUCUGUUUGCCUAGAUCACGGAAAGUCGCCACACGGCUAAGAACCCUCCUCUGCUGGACCGCCUCGCUCUCGCCGAUGAAGGCCUCCCGGCUGCCGAACGCGCUGAAAUGCUCAUCGCCCAGCACCACUGGCCGCUUCCGGCGCAUGUGAUACAGCAGCUCCAAAUGAGGCCGCCACCUCGACAAACCGCCGCCACCCUCCAGCAUCUUGAGAUGGCGGCUCAGCUGCUCGAUGGCGACUGCCAUGCGGCAGCCGUGGCUGAGCGCCGCAGGAAGCGGCAGCCGGGGGAUGACCCUCAUCAGGAAUGAGCCGAGGCCGACAAUGGGCAGCAGCACGCCCAAUACACGCAUGAGGAGGGGCAGGAGAAAUCGGCUGAGGGCGCCGCGACGAAGGGACGAGGCCAUCGGAGCAGCAGCCGCCACGUCCAUGGCCAGCUGAGGAAUGGGUACCUCCACGAGAGCACCAAAGACGGCUUCCACAACGACGGGUAGCAGUCGGAUGAGAAUGUGUAGGAUGACGGUGGGGUUAAAUUGUGUGGGGUGGGCGUCGAUGAGGGCCGCCAGCUGUGAGUAACUCCUGACGUACUCGGCAACUGUUGGCGCGAGAUCUUGCGGCACGUCAGAGACGCUAAUGCCGCACUCAUGCUUCUCCUGCUGCUGGUGCUGCUGGUGGUUGGCAAACGACGCUGUGCUGGUACCUGCCCAACAGACCGCCAU